UGUUCUCAUCCAAAUACUGUAGUUGACAGAGUAAGUUCACUCAGAGAGAAGGGUUGUACUGUACUGUUCCAUAGAGAAAGGAGAGAGUGUGUUUGAGAGAGCCAGUGAGUUUCUUGGGAGUGCCUUUACUCUCUUUCUGUCCCAGGAGAGAAGGAGGGAGAUGAGUUGUCCUGCUGAGGCUCUGAAGGGCUGACUGUUCCCCACCCCAUCUCAUCUCUGUGCCUGACUGUGUGACCUGACCCUCCAGUCCUCCUCAACAGCACACCUAAUCUGAUUCUGCAGCUCUCUCUCCGAAGCUGCCAGCACCAUGAGCUCGUCUGGGGCAAACCUUCACAACAAGCGUCUACCCUCGGAGACAGAGAAUGCUCAAAGAGUCCCAGAAUUGGACUCAGCCCAGCAGCUGAAACUGAGAGAGAGACAGCGCUUCUUUGAAGAGGUAUUUCAGCACGAUGUGGACGUCUACCUGUCCUCUGCCCAUCUGCAUAUUCAUGACUAUAAGAGACCUCCCAUUGGCAGCGUCUCGUCCAUGGAGGUGAAUGUGGACAUGCUGGAGCAGAUGGACCUUAUGGACAUCUCUGACCAGGAGGCCCUGGAUGUCUUCCUCAACUCUGGGGGGGAUGAGGGGGUGCUGGCCUCCCCUCUGCCAGGUAAAGUAGUUCAUGGCAACAACAACAACAAUGAGGUCAUCAGCCAGGGACGCUCUCCCCACAACACAGGUGGUUGUGUGGGGAAGUCCCGCAUGUCCUCCACCUCCUCCACUUCCUCCACCAACAGCCAGAACACCAAUGAGGAUGGAAGGGAAACCCCUGUAGUCCAAUCAGAUGAUGAGGAUGUGAAUGUCGGCACACUCUUGCUGAUGGGAUCAACCCCAGGGAAAGAUGAGAAGGAUCGGCCCAUCUUCUCUUCAUAGAGGCCUUGCUUCACUUCCAAUAUUCACUAACAUUUUGGACAUACUGGUGCUGACAAUUAUCACUGAAACGGGACAUUCACACACAGAGGUGUUCCAUGGACUGGCAACUAUCACUAUCACAACAUUUUCUUUACCCUUCAUUUAGUUUUGUCUGAACUGUAAAUAUAAGGCCAAAUCUUCUCAAAGCUUGCUGAUCUCCAUAUAUACUUCUGGCAUAUAGGUAACAAGAUAUUUAUUUUUAUUUCCUCAUUUGAGAUUCUAGUAGGGUCUAGCGACGUGUGAUACGGACAUUUGAGGAAGUACAUUCCUGUGUGUACUCUACAGCCAGGAUAUGUACAUAAUAGAGUUGUGAAAUAUGCAACCAUGUAAGCAUGCUUUACUGUACUACAGACAGGGAUUUACAAUUGUGCAAUUACACACACAAAAACAUUCUGUAGAGAGUAACUGCAAUGCUGAGUAAAUCUGGCCCUUAGUUCCCGUAUUCCUCAAAAUGUUGAACCAAUCCCAAAACACCUGCCACAAAUAAAAACUAAGGAUGUACUGUAUAUAUUGCAUAGUGUUGCUUUCAUUUUGAUAUAUACAGUGCAUUCGGAAUUCAGACCCCUUCCCCUUUUCCACAUUUUGUAAUGUUACAGCCUUAUCCUAAAAUGUAUUAAAUAAAAAAAAUAUUCAUCAAUCUACACACGAUAACCUAUAAUGAGAAAGUGAAAAAAAAAAAAUUGAAAUUUUUGCAAAUGUAUGAAAAAAAUAAACAGAAAUAACUUAUUUACAUAAGCAUUCAGACCAUUUGAUAUGAGACUCUAAAUUGAACUGCAUCCUGUUUUCAUUGAUCAUCCUUGAGAUGUUUCCACAACUUGAUUGGAGUCCACCUGUGGUAAAUUCAAUUGACUGGACAUUAUUUGGUAAUUCACACACUUGUCUAUAUAAGGCCACACAGUUGACAGUGCAUGUCAGAGCAAAAACCAAACCAUGAGGUCUAAGGAAUUGUCCGUAGAGCUCCGAGAUAGGAUUGUGUCGAGGCACAGAUAUGGGGGAAGGGCACCAAAACAUUUCUGCAGCAUUGAAGGUCCUCAAGAACACAGUUGACUCCAUCAUUCCUAAAUGGAAAGUUUGGAACCACCAAGACUGGCUGGGCGGCAAGCUCUAGGAACAAUCUGAGCAAUCGGGGGUGAAGGGCCUUGGUCAGGAAGGUUUCCAAGAACCCGAUGGUCACUCUAACAGAGCUCCAGAGUUCCUCUGUGGAGAUGAGAGAACCUUUCAGAAGGACAACCAUCUUUGCAGCACUUCACCAAUCAGGCCUUUAAGGUAGAGACGGAUGCCUUUCCUCAGUAAAAGACACAUGACACCCUACUUGUAGUUUGCCUAAAGGCACCUAAAGGACUCUCAGACCAUGAGAAACAAGAUUCUCUGGUCUGAUGAAACCAAGAUUGAACUCAUUGGCUUAAGUGCCAAGCGUUAACGUCUGGAGGAAACCUGGCACCAUCCCUAUGGUGAAGCAUGGUGGUGGCAGCAUGUUGUGGGGAUGUUUUUCAGCGGCAGGGACUGGGAGACUAGUCAGGAUUGAGGGAAAGAUGAACGGUGCAAAGUACAGAGAGAUCCUUGAUGAAAACUUGCUCCAGAGCACUCAGGACCUCAGACUGGGGAAAGGUUCACCUUCUAACAGGACAACAACCCUAAGCACACAGCCAAGACAACACAGGAGUGGCUUCAGGACAAGUUUCUGAAUGUCCUUGUGUGGACCAGCCAGAGCCCGGACUUGAACCCGAUCAAAUAUCUCUGGAGAGACCUGAAAAUAGCUGUGCAGUGACGCUCCCCAUCCAACAUGACAGAUUUUGAGAGGAACAGCAGAGAAGAGUGGGAGAAAAUACUUUGCCAUUAACGAACAAAUACACUGAGUGUGUAAAAUAUUAGGAACACCUUCCUAAUAUUGAGUUGCACCCCCUUUUGCCCUCAGAACAGCCUCAAUUCGUUGGGCAUGGACUCUACAAGGUGUCGAUAAGCAUUCCACAGGGAUGCUGGCCCAUAUUGAUUCCAAUGCUACCUAUAGUUGCGUCAAGUUGGCUGGAUGUCCUUUGGUUGGUGGACCAUUAUUGAUUCACACGGUAAACUGUUGAGCAUGAAAAUCCCAGCAACAUUGCAGUUCUUGACACACUAAAACCAGCGCGCCUGGCACGUACAACCAUACUCCAUUCAAAGGCCCUUUUGCCUUGCCCAUUCACACCUUCUGAAUGGCACACACAAUCCAUGUCUCAAUUGUUUCAAGGCUUAAAAAUCCUUCUUUAACCUCUCUCCUCCCCUUCAUCUACACAAGGGAUGGGCAACUUUGAUGGGGUGGGGGCCACAAAAAAACGGAACGCAUCAUGAGGGGCCGCAGUGGCUUGUGGGCCAUGGGGCGGAGAGAGGAUUUAGCAAUUUUACAACUCAUUUCAUGCAAUUCUACUCAUUUUGCCAUCGGCGCAGAGAAAAUUUUGCAGUUUAACAUCAAAAUUCCUGAAGUUCUACAUUUUUUGCCAAGGGUGGAGGCUAAUGUUUGCAGUUUUUAAUAUGAUAACUGAUGAUCAAUGGGCCCUACGCCAGUGGGUAAUUCGACCAUGCUUACUAAAAGUUUAGAUAGCUGGCUGCUAGGCCUAUCCCCGAUCUACACUGAUUGAGGUGGAUUUAACAGGUGACAUCAAUAAGGGAUCAUUGCUUUCACCUGGAUUCACCUGGUGUUUUGUACACUCAGUGAAGGGAGUUACUGCCUUCAAUACAUGUAAAAUUGUUACCUGGGUCAUGUUUAGCACAGCACAUUGUGCUAAAACAAUUGUAAAAACAUCAACUACAGUGUGCCCUACUACACAUGACCCCGAUGAUACCCAAAACAUAUAGGAAGACACCAGCUUUAACCUACAGUAGCACACUAUUUUAAUUUUUUUAUUUAACCAGGCAAGUCAGUUAAGAACAAAUUCUUCUUUUCAAUGACGGCCUAGGAACAGUGGGUUAACUGCCUGUUCAGGGGCAGAACGACAGAUUUGUACCUUGUCAGCUCAGGGGUUUGAACUUGCAACAUUCCGGUUACAAGUCCAAUGCUUUAACCACUAGGCUACCCUGCCACACUCAAAUAACAACAUUUAAUAAUUCAGAAGCGUCAGCGUAAAUUUAAUCUUUGGAUUUGACUCCAUAAAUUUUACUUUGAAUCAUUGGCAGGUUCUUCAAAAAUACUAUAUGACCUUAUCUUGAAGUUGCCUAAUUAUUUCUUAAAGUUCUCUCAAUAUAUUCUCCUCACCUCCUCCUAAAGGCCUCCUCUUUCUCUCUCUCUCACACACUCAUACAUGAAUGCACACACAUAUGCACACAUAUGAGGCUCUGUGUGUAUUACAUGGAAGGCAGCAUUUCCUGUCUGUGCUCAGGACCUGCCAGAUGUUAUCACACUCUCCUCUAGCUGGUCAUCCAGCUGUUGUGUCUGGCUUUACCAUGACAUCGGUCAUAUUUAUCUCUACUGAGCUAUGAAGUGAUGGUACUGAUUUGGUAUUUUGUAAUUUCUUAAAUGACCUGAAUAUGCUGUUAGCAAAGUGUACACUCUGCACAUUCUGGACUUAUUUUAUCAGAGUUUGAAAUUGACUAUUGAUGGAAGCUUGAACUUUAAUGUAUUCUACGUACUUUUCUAAUUUAGAAAGGGUAUCUAUGCUGUUCUGCAAUGUUGACCCCACAUAUUAUAUUAAGAUGUGAAUGGUUUGCUAUGAUUUUUUUUUCUUUUUUAUAUAUGCACUCUACUGUCAGUCGCUCUGGAUAACAUUAACAUAUAAAAUGUAAAUGUAGAAUUAUGAAUCACAUACAGUAAACAUACAACAUUGUUAAUUUGUGAUGUUCCGGACAGGCUUACUACAGUGUUACUGACUCCUUUCAGGAAGGCCCCAUUACCAAAGAAUCUUCAUGAUACACUUUAGGGUCAGUUAAAAGCUUGUAAAGGAGAGGUGUAUCCAAUUGCUGAUGUCUGUCUUAAACCACCCUGCAGGUCAAAGUAACUCCAUAUUCCCACAAAUAGUGAUGGUUAAUCGUGAUGCCUUAAAGGUAUAGUUCACCCAAAUUACAAAAUUACAUAUUGGUUGCCUUACUCUGUAAGCAGUCUAUGGACAAUGUAUGACAGCAAUCCAUGCUUUGGUUUAGUUUCUUUAGUAUUGUUUCCACUAAUAAUAAUAACAAUUAUUUUAUUUUUUUAUUAUACUUCUAUAGCGCGUUUCAUAGAAUCACAAAGCUCUUCAAGAGCAAAAAACAAACAAGCAAUAUAUCAUGACAGGUCAACCAAUAGAGGCUAAGUCUUUGAAUGCUGCAUCCUCCAAAGAUGGAGAAGGUCAGAUCAUGGCUUGAGUGAAGGGAGCUAGCUGGUCAGAGGAUGGUGGAUGAUGAUGCAGUCUGCUGCUGAUCUUGUAGAAGGCAAUCCUGGUCUUUUAGCCACUGGACUUCUCCUCUUCCACUCUGUGUAGCACCCACCUAAAAUGCAAACGUUUUAGCAUUUGUGGCACAAAUCCAAUUCAAGUCACGGGACAGAUAUUAGCAUUUUUCACACAUCACGGUCAAAUCAUUUAUACGUGACUUUGUUGAGCUUCACAAUCAAUUUUAGAUACUUUUGGAUGAUUUGGACAUGAUGCAUGAAAAAUGCUUAUAUCAGUCCCAUGACUUGAAUGGGAUUUGUGCCACGAAUGCUAAAAGGUUAGCAUAUGGAAACAAUGCAAGGGAAACUAAACUAAAACAUGGAUUGCUGUCAUACCUUGUCCAUAGACUGUUUACAGGGUAAACCAAUAUGUAAUUUAGAAAUUUGGGUGAACUAUCCCUUUAACUGGGCAUAAUAUGAAACCCCAUGCUUAUUGUGUUCUCUCUAUGAGGAAUUGGGGUCUGUUUGGUCAAAAAAAAAUUGGUCUAGUUCAACCUUACGAGUCUACUGUAUAAUCAGCUCUCAAACCCAUAUAAAACACUAAAAUCAUUGUAUUGAGGACAAAUCAUUCACUAAACCCUAAACCUCAUCUAAAUCUUAUAAUGAAUAAUGUGUCAAUUUAACAAGUUGAGGAGACUAAACUGCUUAGUGUAACCCUAGACUGUAAACUGUCAGGGUCAAAACGUAUUGAUGCAGCGGUAACUAAGAUUGGGAGAGGUUUGUCCGUGAUAAGGCAAUGCUCUGCUUUCUUGGCAUCACAAUCAUUUAAACGAGUCCUACUGGCCCUAGUUUUAUUACACCUGGACUACUGCCCAGUUACAUGGUCAAGUGUCACAAAGAAUAACAUAGGCAAAUUACAGUUGGCCCAGAACAGAGCAGCACGGCUGGCCCUUAAAUGUAUACGGAGGGCGGAUAUCAAUAAGAUUCAUGUCAAUCUCUCCUGGCUCAAAGUAGAGGAGAGAUUGACAGCAUCACUACUUGUCUUUGUGAGAGUUAUUGAUGUGUUGAAGGCACCGAACUGUCUGUUCAAACAGCUAACACGCAGCUCAGAUACCUACAAGACAUGCCACCAGGGGUCUCUUCACAGUCCCCAGAAACAUACAGUACUACAUAGAGCCAUGACUACAUGGAACUCUCUUCCACAUUAAGUAUCUGAAGCGAGCAGUAAAAUCAGAUUUUAAAAAACAACAGAUAAAAUAAUACCUCACGGCAUAACGUGGACAGUGAAGAGACACACCCACACACACACACACACACACACACACACACACACACACACACACACACACAGUAAUGUUGUGGAAUUGUUGUAUUGUGGAUUUAAUAUUCUACAUUUGUAAUAUUAGAGUAAUAAUGUAGUAAUGUCUUGUAAGAUGUGUUGUUUUAUUUGUGAUGUAGGCUGUUGUGUUUUGUGGUGAUGUACAGUGGCAGGAAAAAGUAUGUGAACCCUUUGGAAUUAUCUGUAUUUCUACAUAAAUUGGUCAUAACAUUUUAUCUGAUCUUCAUCUAAGUCACCACAAUAGACAAACACAGUCUGCUUAAACUAAUAACACACAAUUAUACAUUUUCAUGUUUUUAUGGAACACACUGUGUAAACAUUCACAGUGUAGGGUGGGUAAAAGUAUGUGAACCCUUGCAUUUAAUAACUGGUUGACCGUCCUUUGGCAGCAAUAAACUCAUCCAAACGUUUUCGGUAGUUGCGGAUCAGACCUGCACAAUGGUCAGGAGGAAUUUUGGACCAUUCAUCUUUACAAAACGGUUUCAGUUCAGCAAUAUUCUUAGGAUGUCUGGUGUGAUCCGCUCUCGAGGUCAUGCCACAACAUUUUAAAUUGGGUUGAGGUCAGGACUCUGACUGGGCCACUCCAGAAGGCAUAUUUUCUUCCAUUGAAGCCAUCCUGUUGUUGAUUUUUUUUCUGUGUUUUGGGUUGUUGUCCUGUUGCAUCACCCAACUUCUGUUGAACUUCAAUUGGUGGACAGAUAGCCUUACAUUAUCAUGCAAAAUGUCUUGAUAAACUUGGGAAUUAAUUUUUCAGUACAUUUUUUCCAUUUUUUUAUUUUUUCAGCAAAGCAGUCCCAAACCAUAAUGCUCCCUCCACCAUACUUUACAGUUGGGAUGAGGUUUUGAUGUUGGUGUGCGAUGCCUUUUUUGUGUGUUCCUUCCAAACAACCCGACUUUAGUUUAUUCUGUCCACAGAAUAUUUAGCCAGAAUCUCUGUGGAACAUCCAGUUGCUCUUUUGCGAACUUCAGACGUGCAGCAAUGUUUUUUUAGGACAGCAGUGGCUUCUUCCAUGGUGUCUUCCCAUGAACACCAUUCUUGUUUAGUGUUUUACAUAUCGUAGACUCGUCAAAAGAGAUGCAUGUUCCAGAGAUUUCUGUAAGUCUUUAGCUGACACUCUAGGAUUCUUCUUAACGUCAUUGAGCAUUCUGCACUGUGCUCUUGCAGUCAUCUUUGCAGGACGGCCACUCGUAGGGAGAGUAGCAACAGUGCUGAACUUUCUCUAUUUAUAGACAAUUUGUCUUACCAUGGACUGAUGAACAUCAAGGAUUUUAGAGAUAAUUUUGUGACCCUUUCCAGCAUUAUGCAAGUUAAACUAUUCUUAAUCUUAGGUCUUCUGAGAUCUCUUUUGUUCAAGGCACAGUUCACAUCAGGCAAUGCUUCUUGUGAAUAGCAAACUCAAAUUUUGUGAGUGUUUUUAUAGGGCAGGGCAGCUCUAACCAACAUCUCCAAUCUCGUCUCAUGAUUGGACUCCAGGUCAGCUGACUCCUGACUCCAAUUAGCUUUUGGAAAAGUCAUUAGCCUAGGUGUUCACAUACUUUUCCCAAUCUACAAGGUGAAUGUUUAAAUGAUGUAUUCAAUAUAGACAAGAGAAAUACAAUUAUUUGUGUGAUAUUAGUUUAAGCACACUGUUUUUGUCUAUUGUUGUGACCAAGAUGAAGAUCAGAUCAAAUUUGAUGACUAAUUUAUGCAGAAAUUCAGGUAAUUCCAAAGGGUUCACAUACUUUUUCUUGCCACUGUAACUGUUUGAACCCUGUUUGAACCCAAGGAAGAGUACCCGCUACCUUGGCAGCAGCUAAUGGGGCUCAUAAUAAAUACUAAAUACUAAA